AUGUCUGCUAAUGUAAUAGAAACCGACGAGGACAUCUCGAAGGACAUUUUUGAAGAAGAGAAGAAUUUAUUUGAAGUCGAAUCUCAUGUCCUAUACCAAAAAAUUAUCGGAUCCAAAGAACCCCAAACCAUCACCAGCAAGAAUAUAGCGAUAAUAAAUAAAAACGAUUCCAUUAAGACCAGGGUUACUCACAUAAUAAAUCUCUUGCAAUCGCAGACAAAACCUGUUCUAAUUGCGGGUAAAUCAAAAGCAAUUUCGAAGAUGCUUACUGUCAGCGAACUACUGAAAUCCACCAUACGAAACGAUCACCCUACGAUACAAUUAAAACAAUACAAUAAACUAACGAAGCAAUCUUCGCUAAAUAAUCCAAACUACAAACAAACAAAUAGAACGGUCAAACAAAGAAACAACGUUGAUAACUUCAUGAACGACGCAAGCAUCAAUGGUCAUAAAAUAUAUCAAUUGCCUAUACUCUAUAUUUUAUUUGUACCAAAAGAUGAUUCUAGCUUAGAAUUGAGUGGUUGGACCCACCAAGAUAAUUAA